AGUAUUCACGUGUUAAUUCACUGGCGUGUUCCGCGGCAUAAGCACCCCCUCUCUGCCUUCGCCCAGUUCCAACUGUUGUGCUGCAGCAGAUUUGGUCUGAGUCUGGGCAGAGCCCCUUUUUAUGGAGCAACCCUCCCGAUUUGUUACAGCAAGAGCCUGGUGCGAGUGAUCUUUGCCUUCCCAUCGCACACAAAGGCAAAGAGCUCCUUAAAGGGACCUGCCUGCUCCUCCGUGCAGCUGCAAACCCGUGUCGGUGCAGGCUCAGCAACCCAGGCUUUCGCUCGAGAAUGAGUGGGGAGGGGUCUUGAGGAGCCCCCACGUCCUCCCGGAGCGGAGGCGGGAGGGAGCUGACAGCCGGAGUGGAUGGAGACCACCAGUCCGAGGGGACCCGCUUGCGAUUAGCUGCUUCUUGGGAUGCUCCGCGCGCCAGUUGAGCAUCCUGCCUGUGGUCCAGGGGAUGCUGGCGGCGCAUCUUGCGGUAAGCCUGCGCUGAUUUGAGCCAUCGCCCAGAAGCGAGCCCGCAUUCAGACACCGCGGACCGGCUCCGCGAAGGGCUGCUUGCAGUCACCAUGAAUGCUCAGCUCUAGGCUUCUGUAAAAACCUCCCCCACUGCAUGGAUUUGGCUGUUUAAUCAGCCGAGAUUACAGCCCGGGAAGAUUUGCAAACCUGAUUCUCCCUCCAGCUGCUGUGACAACUUCGGGGCCGUCUGUUUACUUCUCUGGGUCCCCGGGGACUCUCUCCUGCAUCGCAGCCCCUUGUGCCACUUUGUGGGCUUGGCUCGAAAGUCAGCCGCCAGGACUCCUCUGACGGCAUCCCCAGGAAGGGGGAGCAAGGAGGGCUUAAAAGAAAAGCAGAAAUCCCCGCAACUGCUCAACCUCUCGUGACUGCCUGUGUUCUGGGGUUCUGAGAGGGACCGUGCGCUGCCUGGGGAAGCAAUGCAAGUCUCCAUAGCCUGCACAGAGCACAAUUUGAAGAGUCGGAAUGGUGAGGACCGACUUCUGAGCAAGCAGAGCUCCACCGCCCCCAAUGUGGUGAACGCAGCCCGGGCCAAAUUCCGCACGGUCGCUAUCAUCGCGCGCAGCCUGGGGACGUUCACGCCUCAGCAUCACAUUUCUCUCAAAGAGUCCACCGCAAAGCAGACUGGCAUGAAAUAUAGGAAUCUUGGAAAAUCAGGACUCAGAGUUUCUUGCUUGGGUCUUGGAACAUGGGUGACAUUCGGAGGUCAAAUUUCAGAUGAGGUUGCUGAACGGCUGAUGACCAUCGCCUAUGAAAGUGGUGUUAACCUCUUUGAUACUGCGGAAGUCUAUGCUGCUGGAAAGGCUGAAGUGAUUCUGGGGAGCAUCAUCAAGAAGAAAGGCUGGAGGAGGUCCAGUCUGGUCAUAACAACCAAACUCUACUGGGGUGGAAAAGCUGAAACAGAAAGAGGGCUGUCAAGAAAGCAUAUUAUUGAAGGAUUGAAGGGCUCCCUUCAGAGGCUGCAGCUCGAGUAUGUGGAUGUGGUCUUUGCAAAUCGACCGGACAGUAACACUCCCAUGGAAGAAAUUGUCCGAGCCAUGACACAUGUGAUAAACCAAGGCAUGGCGAUGUACUGGGGCACCUCGAGAUGGAGUGCUAUGGAGAUCAUGGAAGCCUAUUCUGUAGCAAGACAGUUCAAUAUGAUCCCACCAGUCUGUGAACAAGCUGAGUACCAUCUUUUCCAGAGAGAGAAAGUGGAGGUCCAGCUGCCAGAGCUCUACCACAAAAUAGGUGUUGGCGCAAUGACAUGGUCUCCACUUGCCUGUGGAAUCAUCUCAGGAAAAUACGGAAACGGGGUGCCUGAAAGUUCCAGGGCUUCACUGAAGUGCUACCAGUGGUUGAAAGAAAGAAUUGUAAGUGAAGAAGGGAGAAAACAGCAAAACAAGCUAAAAGACCUUUCCCCAAUUGCGGAGCGUCUGGGAUGCACACUACCUCAGCUAGCUGUUGCGUGGUGCCUGAGAAAUGAAGGUGUGAGUUCUGUGCUCCUGGGAUCAUCCACUCCUGAACAACUCAUUGAAAACCUUGGUGCCAUUCAGGUUCUCCCAAAGAUGACAUCACAUGUGGUAAAUGAGAUUGAUAACAUACUGCGCAACAAGCCCUACAGCAAGAAGGACUAUAGAUCAUAAGGCAAUGCAUGAACCACAGAAGCUGCAUGGUUAAAAUAGCAGCCUGUGCCCAGUACAGAAAGGUGUUACUAACCAGUCUUUUGAAUCACUUAGCAGCUUGCUGCUCAACCUCUAGUGUCCCUCCCUGGAUUCUUUGAGGUGUCUGCUGUCGCUACCACUGUGCACAUCUGAAAACUCACAACCAAGAAAAUCCAUUCUAUUUUCUUAUCUUGGACUGGAGUCACCUAUUCUUGCAUUGCUGUAUACACCUCAUGCUUAUGCAAUGAGAAGAAUAUGGGGGCCGGAGGGUGUGGUACUACCUUCAGGCAUUUGGUAACUCAAAGAAGGCUGUACAGAUAUAUUUUUUCAAAAGAACAAAAUCCACAGAUGCAAUGUGAGUUGCAUAAGAAACAGAGUAGAUAGACUAAAUUCAGUGAAGGAAAGGAAUUGAGAGAUUUUUCUUAGUAAAUAGAUUAUUGUUAAGUAAAUAGUUAUUAAAAAUAUAUCUCACUGCAAAAAAAAAACAGUAUCUUCACUCAAAAGUCUUGCUUGGAAGAAUAAGCAGAAAGAAUUUUAUAUAUUUUUUUUCUAUCUUCACAUUCAUACUAACAAGUUUUGUUCCAUUUGUUAUUCAAUAAAACAAAAAUUUCUAGGUAUUUGCUUUAUUACCUUUCAAAUAUUUACUGUUGCUUGGCCCCAAGAAUGGCCUUGUACAACUUAUCCAGAAUGUCUAUUAGGAUUCUAAUGUUAUGUCCACUUACAAGUAGAGACAGUAAAAGGAUGAAUACCCCAAUCUUUAGUGACAUUGCAGCUGAUUUAUAAAAGAGAGGGCUACACUGCUAUGGAAACUUAGCUUCAAAGAAAAUGCAAUGUAUCUGCAAUUAGGUGUUCAUUUUUUACUACAUUUUAUUAAAACCUGCUUUAUACUUUCAACUGCUUGUAGGCACAACUUCUGCAAGUUUAAAUAUUUGAGCUUUACAAAUAAACAUACACAUGCUCAGUUUUUUAAGUAAACCUGUAAAAUACCCAGGAAGGCAAAUGUUCAUUGUUUAAUUAGCACUGGGAUUUUAUAAUAUAAUGUUUGGUAUUUUUGAGGCGUUGUUAACAUGAAAGUCAACCACUGGCUUUGUGAAAAAUGCUAUGUCACUAUUCCGAAUAUGCUGGGUAAAUUAACUUGCCUAGUGAAAAGCAAAAUGUUAAAGAACUUCUGGUUCUAUAAUCAUAUGCACUAAACUAUAUGCAUGAAAGUUCUUUGCAUGGAUUAAUGGGGCUUACCCUUGUUGCACUCGAAAUCUGAGGUAUAUCUAGCCCUGCCACUAUUGGCUACUUACCCUCAUUAAUAUCCCACUUGAGAAAAAUUGUGAGAAUAUACUGUGUCAAUAUCUGUAAAGAGAAAACAUGUUUUGUUUUUUUUUGAAGGGGGUGGCGUGGGAGUGGCCCUUUAACUCUAUUUGGAUAUCUGAGGAUGUACAAAAUUCUCAUUUAAUUUUCUGGUCAGCAAGUUCCCCACACAGAAAUCAUUCUGAGGUUUACAGAAGAACUGUAAUAUUAUUUUGAAAUGAGAUUUUCUGUCAUUAUUUCUAGAUAUGUACUUCAUGGUUAAAUUCUAAAUCUGAAAAUGCUAGUGGGAGAUAUCAAGAAAUUUUCUUUUUGAUUACUACUACCUGUAUUCUAACAGAGUUUGAAUUUUUUGCCCGUGUUAUCAGAAUGAUGGAAAUUGAUCAUUUUUUUCAGUUGUUCAUUGUGUAUUCAAUCCAGCGAACUGCUGUAUGUAUAGAGGAGCUGAGGUGCUGUCUAAUGGGAAAUGUGAUUUGAUUUAUUUGCUUAGAGUAAUAAAAGCAUUUUGUGCAUUCAAUCUCACAAUAGAUUUUAUCUGAUCUUUCACUGUAAGGCUUAUGUGUAUUUUCCAUAUAUGUAAAACAUACACAUGUAAAAUAUAUGUGGCCAUAAAUUAGGCAAUAAUCAUCUAAAUAAAAAUUAUAUUGGCAGCUAAGCUGCACUGAAUACUCAACAGAAAUAGUAGUGAUCAAAAGUCUGAGAUUUAAAUUGCAAUCCAAACAUUUUCUAUCAUCAAUGGAGAUUACUGAAGAUACCAUUUCUCACUGGGUUUUAGAACACUCUGCACUAAGGUUAAGGCUUCACAAAUUCACUUUUAAAAACUUACUUACUUGCAAAUCAAAACCAAAUAUAAAUAUUAUGGCUUAGCUGUGGGAACAGCCAGUUUUUUAUAUGCGAAUCUGUCAUGGUAAAUAUACUAAUGUAGUUCACAGUUAUGUCCUUAAGAAAAAAUUCCACGCACUCUUAAUUUUCUUUUCUCUUCCAAAAAGAAUUCCCUGGCAAUCUAUCAUUCCAAAAGGUAACCUGGGUACCAGCCAUCCCUAUAUGGAAAUCUCAGGCAAACUAGAAACCCUGUGUCUGGCUUCCCACUUUAAGAACUGUCACUUCAUCUUCAUGACAAGAGUGCCAAAGUCAUGAGGCAGAUGUCAGAGCCUGAAGGAAACUUAGCCAUCUGCAAAGCCAUCCCUCUUUGACAAAUGAGCAAAGCAGGCCUGGAUAGAUGAAAAAACUUGCCCAAACUCACACACUGCUAGUUGAUGGCAGAACCAGGCCUAGAACCCAAGUAUUUUGUGUUCUAGUUCAGUGCUCCAUUAGGUAUUUUUUUUUUCUUUUUAAGCUUUAAAGAAGUUUUAUGCAGAAAUUGUUUGUGAGAAUGAAGUUAAAAAACUUACUUAUUAAUCCAAACUCAGAAAUCAAACAGGGAUAAGUAGCGAAAAGAUGAUGAUAUAUUGAAAAUUCAUGAAGGCCAACAAGAAGUUAGCCUCUAGCUCCCUGAAAAUUUAACCAACCCCCCAAAAGACCCUCCUAAUCUAUUAAUUCCUCUGCUUGGGAGUCCCAAGGAAGUGAAAGAGAAUCCCUUAGAGCUCUGAUACACCUAUAAAUUGGUUUUCUCCAUAAAUGUACAUACAUGUAUCCUUCCAUCCUGUCUCCAGAAGCAGCAGUGACUGGCAUGCACACUGAAAACAAAGAAAGAGGGCAGGCAGGAAGGCACAGCAGGUACAUACUGGCAGAGGCCUGAUGUCUGCCCUUUACUGUAACUGCUCAAUGCCUUUCAUUGCCUCACAUACAUUUGAUUGGUAACUACAAAGAUGUGCAUUUACAUGUGUGAGAUAUUAAAAUGAUGGUUACAUGUAUACAUAUGUACCAAACCUGCAUGGUCAGCACAUGUAUCCCAGAACUUAAAGUAAAAUAAAAAAUAAAACAAUUUGAAAAAAAAAGAUGGUUAAUGUAAAAUAAUAUAAUAAAGAUUAUGUACUUCAUCAUAGGAUUCUUAUAAAGAAGUGUAGGGAAAAUACAAAUUUUAAGAAGCAAAGUUUAAUCAUACUUAUUAAGCAAGACUUUUCACAAGAAUUGAGUAUAAAUUCAAUCUCCGUAUUUCAGUUAACUUCAAACCUUGUUUCAAAUUAUCCUUUCCAAGUUUCAAUAAUAUGGCGAAUAGGACAACCAGUAAACUUUUAUUGCUUAAGAAUAUCAAUCUAGGCCAGGCGCGGUGGCUCACGCCUGUAAUCCCAGCACUUUGGGAGACCGAGGCAGGCGGAUCACGAGGUCAGGAGAUCGAGACCAUCCUGGCUAACAGGGUGAAACCCCGUCUCUACUAAAAAUACAAAAAAAAUUAGCCAGGUGUGGUGGCGGGCGCCUGUAGUCCCAGCUACUCGGCAGGCUGGGCACGAGAAUGGCAUGAACCCGGGAGGCGGAGCUCGCAGUGAGCCAAGAUAGAGCCACUGCACUCCAGCCUGGGUGACAGAGCGAGACUCUUUCUCAAAAAAAAAAAAAAAAAAAAAAAAAAAGAAUAUCAAUCCAAGCUUUUUAUUAAGUUAAAAUGAAGGAACUAAAAAUAGGUAAAUGAAAAUGUUGUAACACUUUAGUGCUAUUUAUGAGUAUGAACAAAGGAAUUUAAUCACUUUGAAUCCCAAUUACAGAUGAAUCUUUUAUUUCAUGGGUGCUGGGUAUGUGGUCUUUUUAAGACAAAAAUUCUACAGCAUGGUUUUACUAAGUCAGAUUGAGUAGGUCACAUCUCUGUGUGCCACACAGAACUUUUAGACGAGAGUAGAGGGGAAAAGGUUCUGCAAUUCCUCACAGUAAAGUACUCACACAGUAAAUCCUUAACGAAAACUACUGAACUGUGAGUAUAUGCUUUAUAAUCUUAUGCACAGAAAUGUAUCUAUUAGUACAGAAAGUUGGAAAACAUCAAGAUUAAAAACAAAGUGCUGUAGGAAAAACUCACAACAGUAAACAAAUUUUGCUCACUCAUUUUCCUACAAAUCUUCAGUUUAUUAAUUCAAGAGAAACUAUAUUACGAAUAUUCGGCUGAUACCCCUAUUUCACCACCUCAUCUAAGCUACACUGUAUUAUACCAAGAAUGGUGGCAAUUUUUUCCCCAUCUAUACAGGCACUGCCAUCUAGUGGCAAGUUUUCACCAGCAAUUUUAAAAGAUAGUGGCCCAACUCUGGUAACAAAUAGCAGACACUGAUGGGUUGUCAAAAAAGCAAAUGCAUUUAUUUGAUACACAAAUUCCAUGCCACCAGUCAAACUAUGGUCUGGCUUUUUUUUUUUAACCAACAGUAAAGAAAACUUUUUGGGUUUUUUUGUUUCUUUUUUGAGAUGGAGUCUCACCCUUGCCACCCAGGCAGUAGCACGAUCUCGACUCACUGCAACCUCUGCCUCCUGGGUUCAGGCAGUUCUCCUGCUUCAGCCUCCCAAGUAGCUGAGAUUACAGGCGCCCACCACCACGCCCGGCUAAUUUUGGUAUUUUUAGUAGAGACGGGGUUUCACCAUGUUGGCCAGGAGUUCAAGAAAAGUUUUUUAAAAAUAAUAAACCUCUAAAGUGUUACCCUAAUUGUACCUUGCAGUGAUAUGUGACUUCUCUAGUCACUCCACAUUAUCCAGUAAUGGCACCUAGAUAAUAAUGCACCAAAGAAAAGUAAAGAAUUGCAGACUUCUAGAAGCAAUGAUGAAAUAUAAUUCUCAGUUGUGGAAAAUGAUGAUCUGGGUCAUUAUGCAAAUGCAUUCCUGCCUGUUUUUCUUCCAAGUUCUUGGAUGGAGCCCAACACAUCCGAUAGCAUGGAAGUGGAAGUUAAACUCCUGAUGAAUAAUUUUUAUAAAAUUAUAAAGAAAACAACUAAUAACAUGUAUGAAAUUCACAUUAAAUUUAGAAGUGGAUAGUAAAGAUUAGGACUAUAUUUCCUUUGGGGUGCUGCUUGUAGGAAAUUACUGAAUGACAACUGCUAUCACCUGUGAUUUCAUAUCCUUUUAGCUGAUAUUGCUAAAGAGCUUCCCAAACUUUUUCAAGUCAUGGCAUACACAAGAAAUGAUAUCUGUACAUACACGGGUAAAAAAAUGCAAGAGAUUGCUCUCAGCUCGAUCCCCAAGGGCUAAAGAGAUAAAUAUUUUGCUCACAAUCAAUGGGAACCUGUGAACUAAAGAGUCAAAUGUAUGAAAGUCCUCAUGGAAAAAUGCUGACAAGCACUAAAAUCACUGUAAAUUCCUUGGAGAGUUCUCAGAAUUGCAGAAGUUCAGAAAAAUUACUUUGGUCUUUUACAUGUCAAUAUUCAGGAAAGAGGUUCCUUCUCUUACUUAACAUUCCUCCAGGGUGUGAGACCCUGGUCAAGGAAAACAAUGAUUCCUGUGUCUUAGUAAGUCAAACCAACAUGGCAGGGUCAAGUUGACCUCCCUGGCCACUCAGGGCCAAAGCCAUACAGUGGAACAGUGUGUUCUUUAACCUCGCAGGACAACUCUCAUAUGCCUGGGCACUAUUUUUAGGUUACUACCUUGGCUGCCCUUCUUUAAAAAAAAAAAAAAAACAGAA